AUGGCGGACACAGAGAACGAAAACGAUAUUUCAUUAAAAGCAGCGGAUUAUGCGGUUUUUGGAGUAAUGCUGGGGAUUUCAGCAAUAGUUGGAAUUUAUUUUGCUAUCAAGGAUCGAAAUGCUAAAGGAGAUGUAGAAAACUACUUGCUAGGGGAAAGAAAAAUAUCAUGGCUGGCUUCAGGAUUCUCGUCCUCUCUUUCAUUCCUAUCAGCCGUGAGUGUUCUUGGAAUUCCAGCUGAAAUGAUGUACUAUGGAGGAGGUUACUGCAUGUUGAUAUUGUCUAUUCUUUUAUGCAACGCAAUCAGCGCCGAAAUGAUACUUCCGAUAUACUACAAACUAGGACUAUCAAGUGCAUAUGAGGGUGGUUUAAAAGCUGUUAUAUGGACAGAUGUUUUGCAAGGAACUAUAUUGUUAAUAGUAUUACUGAUAGUUUUGUUCAUGAGUGCAGAGGAUGCCGGUGGAUUUGACAACGUUUGGCAAAUAUGCCGGGAUGGCGACAGACUUGAUUUCUUCCAAUUUGACUUUGAUCCGAGAUAUAGAUUCACUUUCUGGUCGAUUGUUUUUGGACUGGGAAUAAUGUGGACAAGUAUUUCAUGUACAAACCAAGCGGUGUCUCAACGAUUUCUUUGUUGCAGAUCAGUUAAUGCAGGGAAAAUGGCAAUGUACUCUUCGUGGAUAUUUGGUUUAUUCAUGCUAAUUCCACUCUAUAUAAUUGGAUUUAUCGCAUACGCUUAUUUUGGAGAUUGCGAUCCUUUGCUGAGUAACAAGAUAAGUGCAGGAGAUCAGGUUUUACCUUAUAUGGUCAUGAUCGUGUUUCGUGAUCUUCCGGGAAUGUCUGGCUUAUUCAUUGCUGGUAUCUUUGCAGCAGGUUUAAGCACAAUUUCAAGUGCAUUGAAUGGAAUGUCGUGUGUAACUGUCGGAGAUCUGAUCCAGCCUCACUUCAAUUGGAGCAAAAAUACACUUCUGUGGGUUUCGAAAGGCUUGACGUUGACAUAUGGCAUCAUCUGCAUUGCAUUUGCAUAUCUUUCUUCGAUACUAGGUGGACUCAUACAAGCCACUCUGAGUUUACUUGGAAUCUGCGCUGGACCUUUACUCGGACCUGUGGUGUUGGGAACACUAGUUCCUUUUACCAACUCUGCCGGUGCGAUAAGCGGCAUGCUUAUAUCACUAGCCUUCAAUAUUUGGCUUUACGUCGGAUCCACAAUAUAUCCACCGCCUCCAGAAUUUAUGAGAGCCAAGUACAUUACGGCAUCGGGGUGUCCUGUCUCAAAUUCUACUCAGAAUUUCACCACAAUACCAUCGACAUCUUCAUCUACAUUUCUCGCAACAGAUACCGACCAAACACUGGCAGGUCCAGAGGAAAGACCAGCGAUAGCAGAUUUCUAUGCUGUAUCGUUCGCAUUAUACGCCUUGUAUGGCCUUAUGGUUAAUCUUCUAGUUGGACUCAUCGUGAGUUGUGCAUCAGGUGGAUUGAAAUCACGCCAUCAUGUGAAUCCAAAUCAUAUUUAUUUGCCGUUUGAACACAAAUUACUUCGAUGGUUGCCAGAAAAAUUUAGAAGAAUUAUGAGACCUAAGUUUGUUACAACAGAGAAUGCGAUAUCAUCCAAACAGGAACAAAAUCUGACAGACGUUAACGGCAGCGGGUAUUUGGAAAACGGCAAAAUUUCAGAUAAGUCAGACGGAAAGCAAAACUUUGGUUUUAUCAAUGAUGAAACUAUUUCAACCAUCAUGUGA